CUAUUGACCUGCUGUACUGGCGGGACAUCAAGCAGACCGGGAUAGUGUUCGGGAGCUUCCUGCUGCUGCUCUUCUCCCUGACCCAGUUCAGCGUGGUGAGUGUGGUGGCCUACCUGGCCCUCGCCGUGCUCUCGGCCACCAUCAGUUUCCGCAUCUACAAGUCUGUUCUACAAGCCGUGCAGAAAACCGACGAGGGCCACCCUUUCAAGGCCUACUUGGAGCUCGAGAUCACCCUUUCUCAGGAGCAGAUUCAGAAGUACACGGACUGCCUGCAGUUUUACGUGAACAACACGCUUAAGGAACUGAGGAGACUCUUCCUCGUCCAGGACCUGGUGGAUUCCCUAAAAUUCGCAGUCCUGAUGUGGCUCCUGACUUACGUUGGCGCUCUCUUCAACGGCCUGACCCUGCUGCUCAUGGCUGUGGUUUCAAUGUUUACUCUACCUGUAGUGUAUGUUAAGCACCAGGCACAGGUUGACCAAUAUCUGGGACUUGUGAGGACUCACAUAAAUGCUAUUGUGGCAAAGAUCCAGGCUAAAAUCCCGGGCGCUAAAAGGCACGCUGAGUAAACUGAUAUCCCACCGGGACUGGGCACACAGAAAUGUCUGGAGUGGUAACAGCUCUCUUCUUAAGUGUCACGGCAAGUCGAUUGUCUCUCCCCCCAGUACCGUAAUCUUAGAGACAAACUUUGAAACGGCUCUUUUUAGGCUGUUCCUGUACUCUUAGGAUAUUUGAGUCCCUUGUGUCAAGCACUAAAGCCUAGAGAAAAGUGUAUUAGAUGUGGUUUUUAAUUUCGUGUUGCUAAAAAAACGUGCAUGAUGGUGCGAGCCCAAGUUAUCCUUCCUUCUUCGGUGUUCUUCUCCUCCUCCCUGCAAUGCUUCUGUAGCUUCUCAUGUUCCCGUGGCUAGGCCUUUCCCGCCGAGGGCCCUGACGCAGUAGCGGAAAUCGCUUUUAUGUCCUUGGGCUGCUGGUCGGAUUAACCUUUAAUAACAAUAUAUAGAAGUGUAGACCGAUGUCUUAGUGUUUUUCCAACACACACAACGUAAAAAUAAAAACAGUUGGCUGUACUUAUGGUAAUCAGUUUUGUAUAACUUAAAAGAAUUAAAUGAAUGAAUAAAUCCAAAACAAACAGGCGGUACUUCUGUUGUGUGGGACUGACGGGCUGAUUUACAUGUUUGGUGACUAACGAGUGCCAGCAUGUUAACUUUAUUACAAUUUGUAUUACUUUCUCUGUAGUUCCUAAUGGAUUUAAUGAUGGACUCUGGAUAUUUGCACUUCUGUACUUGGUAUUGAAUGCAUAAAUAAAUGUUACUAAAUGUA